AUGAAUCCGUUAGACUAUCUUCCCCCCGAUGUCUUCACGCGCACCUGGGGAACGUCAACGCACACUGUGCACCCGCUCGGGUCGCAUCUCUGCGUGAUAGGCCCUCGCUACGACCGCAUAGCGGUUGCGAGUGUGGCGAUGGAAACCACCGGGCUGGCACUGCCUCCUCAGUUCAAGGUUAUGUGUACCGGACACACGCGCACUUUUCUGCCAACCCCGCACUCCGGCAGCUGCCCGCUCGACUACACCGCCCUCUUCGUGAGCCUUCAUCGGCGGCAGCGUGAAAGGAUUACCUGCCUCCACGCAUCACGGCCGGUGCCGCUCCUCGCCUCCGGAUCGCCCGGAGCAAGACGGCUACAUAAGGCUUCCACCUCUACUGCCGUCAGUGGCUGGAUGACGGAGGGCACGCCACCUUCAGCAACAGCAACAGUGUACGCCUCUCAGAAUACCGAACUUGACGUUCGUGAGCGUCACGUGGAACGCUUCGCAACGUCUUCGGGCAGCUCAACUGCCCCCCCUGCAGGCUCCUCGGAGAGCGGGCUCUCUGUGGUGGAGCACCCCCUCCCUGAGUCGGUGACUGCCGCGAUGGCGCGCGUGACAGCCACGCUGACGUCAACAGCGGUGCCGUCAAGUUCUGUAGGAACUGCACAUCCUCAUCCAUACCCUCAGCAGCAGGAGCCGUUGGGCACCGGCCAACCCCACUAUCACCAUCAUCGACUGCCACAGCCAGAUCCGCGCCACAUGCAGUACCGCGUUGGCCGCAGUGGCAGCAUGCAGCCCCUACCUCUUCCCGGUUCGCACGGUGGAACACCUUCGAAUACUAGCAGCGCCGCCGUAGCCCUUCCCCUCACGCCCGAUACCACUUCCUCAGCCCUCACCUCGGUGCCGCGCGACAGCACGACAAUCGUCUCUUUCGCCACCACAGCCAUUCGCCCUUCUGGUCCUCAAGCGAUUUCCACAGCGGCGGUGGAGGCAACUUUGCGAUCGAACAACGCCGACUGUCACUACGACCCCGUGCGCCGCGACUCAUUUUCCCUUGCUAGUGGAGAUGACACGCCAGGCGAGGCCGCUAUGGAGAACGUGCAGCAGUCACGCUGGCUUCUCUCGCGGCACCCACGUCAGCGCAUGAGUGGCGGCAAUGACGAUAUAGAGGUCGACGAAGUCGGUUCCAGCAUCCACGGCGAAGUGAUCGCCCGAGAACGACUACUGCAGCAGCUUCAACGUACUGUGGUGCGACAGCGUCAUCUCGAUCUGCGCAUGUUCGAUGCUGACGACGGUGAGGGCGACGCAAGUGAGCCACAGCAGCGUACGGCAGAACACACGCUUCUCUCCCCGGAUGCACAAAACACACAUCGGCCGGAAAGUGAGGGACCGCGAGGAGGGCCCGCUGCGGCUGCGGCAGCACUGCACCUGUUCCAUGGAGCCAACACAUCUGACGAUGCAGACGAGAUACGCGCAGACUCUGUCGUUGCCGCGCGAGGCUUGCAUCUCGCCUGGGCACAGACGCGUGCCCGUGGCAGCACUUCGCCGUCACCGCAGCCACACAACCUCCCAUUGCGGUGGCGGAGAGGACAAGCUGCGCGGAGGCGGCGGCCACAACCGGACGCUGCACAGCAAGGCACGAGCGGUCAUCGGCAACUGUCGCCGUCCCCAGCAGCAUCCGUGUCGCGCCACACUGCUGGCGCGUCGUCCUCCAUGCCAGCCUCCUCUGUCACUGGGUCGCGAUCUGCAGCACAACCCGCGAUGUCGGUCAGCACACACACAGCGCAAAUGCUGUCAUCGCCGUCCAUACGCGUCGAUGACGAUGACCUCAGCACCUCUUUGCAUCCUACCACUGGUGUUGUGGGCGUCGACAGAACAGCGGAGACAUCAUCUUCGGCGGUGUUGCCGUCUCCGAUCCCGGUGGACUUUGUGCGUCGCCCUUCUCUGCCCACCGUCGCGCUCGUAGAUGUUCUCCCAUUAAGCCGAGUGCCCAGUGAAGAGGCGCGCGGCCGUGAGAGCACGCUGUCCCAAGGCGACAGCAGUCGAGGAGUCUCCGCGUUUGCCCAUCCCCGACACAGCGAGAGCUGCUCCAACAGCCUUGCAAUCGAUGACAGGCACGCAGCGGCAGCCAGGAUGGCGGUCUCUACGCCUCGCACUCGAGAUGAUUUCGACUGCGCGAAGAACACGUCGGAAGCGCACCAGUGCGGAGUGCUCGAUGAGGACACGCCGGUGGUGAGGCGCACCAGCCCUGGCAGGAGUAACGGUGCCGAUAACGAGAGCCGCAGCCGGCGCAGCUGUAGCAGCCUCGGAGCUACAGAGCCACCGGACAAGAGUGCAGAGCCGGUAGCUUCAGUGGGCGGAGGUGGCGAUGAUUGCGUCCGCAGCUGUCGUGACUCUCGACUGCCAUCCUUCUCUCGCGUCGCAUCGCUGUCUCCGUCUUCCUCUUCGUCGUUCGCGCUGUGGCACGUGCGCACCGACACCAAAGCCGGCAGUAUCGAUGUGGGCGAGGCACUAGAGGAGGUCGACGAAGCCGGCGGCUCCGUCGGCAUCCCGGUGUUGAGCGCCAUGACACCGCCGACAGUCUACCUGUCCGACAUGCUCCGUCUCUCUUUCUCGCCAGAUCACGGGGGCGACAGCUCAACGAGGGUCGCCUCAGACGUCGACGAGGGCGUGGCGCAUGUAGGUGCCCACGGUGGCUACACAUGCAGCCUCGGUAGCCAUCGACGUCGCCAGCGGCCUUUUCUCGCUGACGAUGGCAACGACGACGACGACGGUUGCUGCGAAAGCGCCGCGUCGACGUCGUCUAGCCCGCCCUCGCAGAACCACACCGCCAUGCGCCGCGUAAUGGGCAUGGAGGACGAAGAGGUGUCCAACAGCAACCUGUCGGCGUCUCCGCUUUCGCCGCUCGCCACGACGCGCAGCAGCUGCUGGAUCGCUGCCGGUGUGACUAAUGCGGAGCCCUCCGCCUGCACACCGCACCGAGUUGCCGUCAGCCUUGCCCUAUCCGUAGAGGACCGGCUCCUACACCCCUCGACACCGAGCACCGUCGCGUGGGGUAGAGGCAACGGCGCUGAGCACCACCACCGUGGUGCCGCUGCGGCCACCGUCCACCUCACCACCACUCCGGCUGAGUCUUCCGCGCAGUCUUCAAUGCUCUCCAUCUUCCCCACUCCAGCGCAGGCACGCUUGCAAUCGUUGUUGCGCGCCUCCACAUGGUCCACGUCGACGCCGUCCCCUCGCAUGAAAGAACACAAAAACUACAGCAGCAGCAGCAGCAUGAGCAACUUUCAUUCUCAUCCGCUAGACGUCUCUGAAACGACGACUGGGGGCCGAAAGAGCCUACAAGCGGCCAGAGAAGGCGACGAUGACAGACACGUGCGCGGGAGUAGUAGUAGCAGCCGCAAGACACCAACGCGUCUCUCUGGUGUCUAUGCGUCCCCUGCAGCAGCACAGGCAUCUGCAGCCGUAACCAUGACCCCGCCAAGGACUGCUGUCGCAGAAGCCAUCCCGGCUGCGGCCUCGCCCUUGCACCCGUCUGCCUUUCGCACCUCCGGCUCCUCCCUGCAGGUGCAGCCUGGCUGGAGGAGUCGCACCUCGACAGCGGCGCCAAGUGAAGCGGACGGCGACAACGCGGCGCUUUGCAGUGGAUAUAGUGGCGCGAGCUUGUUGUCGCGCGCUCAGGAGGUAGACAUCCAGCUCUUGGCUCGCAUGACGCACCUUACGUAUACGCGAGGCGGCUCGGCGGCGGUGGCAAUGACACCCAAGACAUGCAACCUGGUGCGCUCUCCUCAGCACCUGUCGUCCUCGCCACUCUCAUCCCCCUCGCGAUGCUCGACCGGAUCGCUCAGCUUUUUCCUCGCGGCAGCGAUGGCCUCUCCUAGAAGUGUAGGCGGUACCCGCACCAGCUGCGGUGGCGGUCUCAGCGAGGACGACGAGGGACGCGGCGUGCGCGCAGCAGACAGUGGAGUCUACGGCAGCGCGGUAGCACGGCGACGCUCGUGGGCUCCGCGGAAGCAGCAGCAGAAUCGCCAGCGGCGGCGACAGUCACAGUCGUUGAUGGACACUCACUCCUCAUCCGCCAGCGUCUGCCCUAUAAGUCGCACUCACAGCUGUGGAAGUUGCUUAAGCGAGGCCUUAGCAGUCGCGCCGCAGCGACUGACGUUCGGGAGUACCAUUAGCUCCGUCAUCGGCGCCAGCAGCAACACCGACAGUGCCGAGCGUUGGCCAACAGUGUACUCCACUCCAGCGGCGCUUUCACUCCCCCAUCCAAGCCAGCAGCGACAGCAGCACACACCUCCACCACCCUACGCUUUCUCGCCUGUCGAUGCGUGCCAUCGCGGUGACGCCGUCGAGGAAGCGGUGUACAGUACGCGUUGCUCGCAGUUGCUACCAUCUGAACCGCGCGCCGCCUCGCCGCCACCGUCGUGGGCGUUGCCGACGUCGUCGUCCCUGUUGCUUUCGCCGUUCGCUCCUCACACGCCGAGUGAACGGCCUUCGCUGUCGUCCACCGAGUUUAACCAAGCCCCACGGCGACACGGCGAGACGCGAGAUAGAUUCAGCACCUGGUCUGUCCCAUCGACCUCGAUCGCAAGCGCUGCGGAACAGUGGCCGCAGCACCUGCGCGGAUCCUCUCAUCGGAGCCACAGUCUCAGCAGUAGAAGUGGCAGCGUCGGGGGCGGCCGCCGCUGCGCAAAUCGAGCCUUGUCCUUCUCCGUACUCCGCUCACCACCUUCCGCCCUUGCGACCCCACUUGUGCGGGCAGGGCUGGAGCACUCGGUGAGCUCUGCCACGCUAUUGGACGGAUGCAUCGGCGUCUCCUCUCCGUCUCCUCUCAACAGCGGUCGUCAGCGUCACACGAGCAGCGACGGCAGCAUGAAGAGCAGCAGGGGUGCCCUUCACAUCACCCGAAGCGAUCGCUCUCGCGUCUCCGCAUCGCUCAUGCUGCAGUCGCGGACCUCUACCACUGCACCGCAGCCGACUCUUGCCGACGAGCUGCGCUUGUUCUCGAGUUCCGCCUUCCCCAGCGCUCUCCCCCGGGUACUGGUGUCGCCCCCCUCCUCUACCAUGGCCCCAUCACCCCUGACCACAUUCAUCGCCUCACCACCGCAAAGGACAGGACCGCCAACCUCCACCGCCGCGGCACCUCUCCCGUCUUCUCUUGCGCACUCACCUCGUCAACGACCAUCCAUCCCGCCAGAGGUGCUGGCAUUGAUGCAGAUGCGCUACGAUUCAAGUGGACCAACGUCAGCAUCAUUGGCACAAGUGGCAGAACGUGGAGCAACCGCUGCGCCGUGCGCCUUCUCUUCUCCAAGCAAGUCAGUGCAGCGGGGAGGCUGCAGCGAGCGACGCGAGGUCAACGUGGAGCCCGGACCGAGAAGCCCCUGCUCUCCCCAUGGGCGUGGGUCUCCCCCACCGCAGUGA